UCUACGGAGAGAGGGAGAGAGGAAGAAAGCGAAGCAUUUGAGAGAGAGAGAGAGUUCUUCGUCUCCGGAGUCAGGUUUACGAAGCAAGAGAAGGACCCGAUCCUGAUUAAAGAAGAAGAAGAAGAAGAAGAAGAAGAAGAAGAAGAAGAAGAAGAAGAAGUGGUUGGGGUCAUAAUGCUGAGGACAAGAACUCGGUCUCAUAACAAAGAUCAAGCAAUGUCUCAGUUUCAGUUCCUUGAUCCUCAAUCUGAUCCUCUUAGGCACAGCUCUCCCAAAACCAUCACUAACCCUCUGGGUCUCUUGAUCGGCCUGAACAACAAGGGUUUGUCAGAUUGUGAUUCUGUCAGAAGCCCUACUUCUCCGUUGGAGUUUAGGGUAUGCUCAAACGUGUCUGAGCUCUUCGUUAGAUCUCCGAGAUCAUCGUUGCAGAAUGGUCAUCUCUGGAACUUCUUGGGACCUGCUAAAGUUGGGUUAAGCAUUGUGGAUUCUCUAGACGAUGAUCGAUGCCUCUCCCGUGAUGUCGUUUUCGGACCUGCGAUGAGGGUGAAGUCCUGCAAGAAUCAGGACAAAAGCCCUGAGUUCCUGCAGGAACCCAAGUCUUUGCCUGAAGGUUUCCCAGUUUUUCCAAUAGCCCAGAAAAUCAAGAGUGCAGCUUCUGGUAUUGUUUUCGAAAUCGGAGAUGACCCUUUUGAGCCUGAUCCGAGAGGGUUGAAGAACCGAUCUUUUUCGCUGGGUUCUUGCAGGUCUUUCUCAACAGGAUCUAAUUUAUCAUUGAACGGAAGAACCAAAUCGAGUUCUGAAAGUGAUUCCCUGAAGAAAACCCGAGUUCUGUCCCGUUCCAAGUUGGGUGGAGAAUGCAACAACUCUGGUCUGGAUACAGGAUUCCUUGGUUCGCCUUCUGCAAGUGACAUUGAACUGUCAGAAGAUUACACUUGUAUCAUUUCACAUGGUCCUAACCCGAAAACUACUCAUAUUUAUGGUGACCGAGUUUUAGAGUGUCACAGCCUCUGCGAUGAUAAAGAGAAGCACAUUCCAACAGAGUCGGAGGCCAUGUUUCCAUCUGAUGACUUCUUGAGCUUCUGUUACUUCUGCAACAAGAAACUAGAAGAAGGGGAAGACAUAUACAUGUACAGAGGAGAGAGGGCGUUUUGCAGCACUGAGUGCCGUACAGAGGAGAUGCUGAUGGAGGAGGAGGAGGACAUGGACACCAUGAACGAAUCUCCAAGGAACCUCUGAGCAAAGGACAAGAGCCAAGCCACAUAACACUUACAAAAAGGGCCGAUCCUUUUCUACAUCAAGCUUUUGGUAUGUCGAAAUCUCAUAACACAUGAACCGUUCGUCCGUUUACAUAAAGAGCUGUGUUUAUAUGCAGCAGCCACGGAUGAUUAGGGUUUCUUUCUUUCUUUCUUUUUUGUGUAAAUUUUUUGACAUUAGGAUCUGAAAAUGAAAAUGGUGUUUUCAUCAUGAGACUGAAAAUAAGAGUUUUUGACUAGUUUCAAAAGGGUUGAUUUGAUAUUUUUCCUUUGGAUCGGUCUCUUUUUUGUUGUUUACUGUGCCUUUAUGGUCUGAGUUUGUAAGCUAAUUAUUGAUAUCAAAUAAGAGAGAUUUUCAUUGAAA